AUGGCCCCAAAGAACGUCAAGGAGGAGAAGCAGGAGAAGGCUGAGGCUGUUGAGCCCAAGGCGGAGGCCAAGCCCAAGAAGGAGAAGGCUCCUAAGAAGGAGAAGAAGGCGCCGGCCAAGAAGGCAGCUAAGGAGCCUUCGGCUGCCGGCGAUGACGGUGACAAGAAGGCCAAGAAGAAGGCCAAGGUUUCUAAAAGCGAAACCUACAAGCUGUACAUCUACAAGGUCCUGAAGCAGGUGCACCCAGACACUGGCAUCAGCUCCAAGGCCAUGUCGAUUAUGAACAGCUUCAUCAACGACAUUUUUGAAAAGGUCGCCACCGAGGCCUCCAAGCUCAGCCGCUACAACAAGAAGCCCACCGUUACCUCUCGCGAAAUCCAGACCGCUGUUCGCCUGGUGCUGCCAGGCGAGCUGGCCAAGCACGCCGUGUCGGAGGGUACCAAGGCCGUCACUAAGUUCACCUCUGCGUAA